UUCAAUUAUAGCAGAAAACUAUACAGGAACCUAGAAACGAUUUGUCAAAAUAUUGAAAGGAACGUAGGUAAAAAACAGACAUAUCAAUUAAGCUAGCAACACAAUAAAAAGCACAGGUAAUAAGAGCCUUCAACCUAUCAGAAAGUGUCCAUUCUAGUAUACAUGAUUUCUGACAGGUUAAAAUCUCUUAUUCCUUGUCCUACUGCCUGUGCUUUUUGUUAUGUUUCUAGCUUUACUCUCCCACCCGAGGGAAAAAGCCACACAAGAAAUAGAACGGUGAAUAGUUCUACGUUGCUCCGUUUUUCGUUAUCGUUCUCGCGAAUAGAGUUUAUUUACGCACAUUAACGCAGCAGAAACAGCUGACAUGGCAGAAUUGUUGCUGGAUGCAAAUAUCCGAGGUUGGGUAUUCUUGCCUAUAGUAGUGAUCACGUUUCUAGUCGGUAUAGUCCGCCACUAUGUUUCGAUAUUGCUUGCCUCGCAAAAGAAGGUCGAGCUUCAUCAAGUGCAAGAUAGUCAAGUCAUGAUACGCUCCAGGCUGCUCCGGGAGAACGGACAGUACAUACCUAAAGUGGGUUUUAUGACUAGAAGACAUUUCUUUAACAAUGAAGAGACUGGUUAUUUUAAGACUCAGAAGCGUACUCCUGUUUCCCAAAAUCCUAUGACCGAUCCAAAUAUUAUGACUGAAAUGCUGAAGGGAAAUGUGACUAAUGUCUUACCUAUGGUACUAAUCGGUGGUUGGAUCAAUUGGAUGUUCUCUGGAUUUGUGACAACUAAAGUACCAUUUCCAUUAACCCUACGUUUCAAGCCAAUGUUACAACGGGGUAUAGAAUUAAUUACGCUGGAUGCUGCAUGGGUUUCUUCUGCCUCAUGGUAUUUUCUAAAUGUAUUUGGACUAAGGUCCAUUUAUACACUUGUACUUGGUGAGAAUAAUGCUGCAGAUACGUCAAGAAUAGUACAAGAUCAAGUAUCAGGAGCUGCAAUGUCUAUGCCACCUGAUCCGAAAGCAGCCUUCAAGUCUGAAUGGGAAGCAUUGGAAAUCUGUGAACAUAAUUGGGUGCUACAAGGAGUAGAUAUUGAGCUCAUGGGUAUCCAAUCAAAAACGGACCUAGCUGAUAAUAUGUUAGUUCAUCAAUGCAAAUAAAA